AUGAGUCCCAUAGACGAAAAACCCAUCUACGCUGAUGUCUUGGGCCAAUGGCCCCAGCUAAAGACAUACAAUCACGGCUCUGCACUCUACGGAGCCAUCAACAUCCCAAGAGAAAAUAUUCUCCGCGAAUGGGAAGCAGCAGCCGAUGCCUUGACGGCACAAAUUCCAUGGCUCAUUGAACGUGUCGUACAUGACGGCGUUUCUCCAGGAAACACUGGAAAAUUCUACACUGCUCCAUGGCCUUCCGACUUGCCGCCGAACAAGUUGCUGCGGUUCAAGGAUUGCACAGAUCUCCUACUCGGCUAUCAAGAGCUCCACGACUCGCAGUUGCCUAUUCAAAGUUUGGAUGGCAAGAUCAUUUGUCCCACUCCAGGUUUCCCUCUUUCGUACAAUGAAGAGGAAAUGGGUCCAGCUCCGGCAUGCAUCAUCCAAUUGAACUUCAUCAAGGAUGGUGUCAUCGUAACUUUUUCGAACCAUCACAACGUUAUGGAUGGUACUGGAUUGUUCAACGUCAUUGGCAUGAUGGCCUUACUCCUCAGCGGCAAAUCUCUGCCACAAGAAGCAAUCGAGCAAGGAAACAGAGACCGCGCGACUGUCGUACCGCUCUAUCCUGACGGCGUCACCAUCAAAGACCACUCCUAUCUCCACGCCAUCCAAGUUCCUCCUCCACCACCAGCAUCCGGGCCCGUGUCAAAAUGGCUCGCAGUCAGAUUCAAAAAGAGCGCUCUUUCCCCUCUCAAAGCCUUCGCCAGCGACCCCGAAGGUUUCGACAAAGACGUCAAGUUCAUCUCCAGCGGCGAUGCUGUGAGUGCUUUAUACUGGAAGACACUAGCCAGCAUACGCGUCAAACAAGGCAUAGUGAACCCCAAAGCAUCCUCAAAGUUCUCGCGCGCCAUCGACGCACGCUCAGCUGUCAAGGUCCCCAUGACGUUCAUGGGUCAAAUGGUGCAUUCGGUGCCUACUUACUUUACUCAUGAACAGCUUAUCGAGCUUCCUCUGUCUACCAUUGCAUCUGCUCUGCGUAAGGAUCUUGAUGCUACUAAUAACGAAUAUGCGGUCAGGAGCUAUGCGACGUUUAUCGCAAGACACCCUGAUAAAUCGAAGCUCAUGUAUACGGGUCCUUUUAACCGACAGACUGAUAUCGCAUCUUCUUCAAUGGCACAGGCGUCGUUGGUGCUGAAAUUUGGACUUCUGGGCAUGCCUGAGUUUAUCAGACGACCGAAUCUGUUCCCUAUCCCAGGUACUUUGUACUUCUAUCCUCCUGAUGUUUCGGGGGAUCUCAAUCUUCAUGUCUGUCUUCGUGACUUUGAGAUCAAAGGCUUGCAAGCUGAUCCUCUGUGGGGCAAGGCCGCGGAGCUCAUUGGUUAG